AUGACCGUAUUACCUCGAAUGAUACGAAUUGCGCAUUGCACUCACAGUUACUACCUAAUGGUACUUGACAGUGCACGUUCAAACAUGCAAUUUCAAGAAGAUUCCCGAAUUUGUGCUUUUGUAUCUCAAAGAACAGUUUUUAUGAAUAGUAUUCAACCGGCUACAUUGGUUGUAAUAAAUGAAAAAAUACGGGAAAUAUUGUACGACACUAAUGAAGAUGUUGUACGAUAUUUAUCACAGAAAUAUCCCGGCAUUGUGUUUAAUGAUUACGGCUCAUUAGUGCUAAUGCCUGGAAUAGUAGACUCUCACGUGCACGUAAAUGAGCCCGGAAGAAUCGAAUGGGAAGGAUUUCACACCGCUACACAAGCGGCCGCGGCUGGCGGUGUUACUACAAUCGCGGAUAUGCCCUUAAAUUCUAUUCCGCCUACUACUACUUUGGAUAAUCUCAAAGUUAAAGCAAGGGAAGCGUAUGCGAAAACAUUUGUAGACGUUGCAUUUUGGGGCGGUGUGAUACCAGGAAAUCAGCACGAGUUGCGAUCGUUAAUAGACGCAGGUAUAGUCGGUUUUAAGUGUUUCUUAUGUCCGAGCGGAGUCGAUGAAUUUCCACAUGUCUCUGUGGAUGAUGUAAAGAAAACUAUUUUAGAAUUAUUACCUACAAAGACUGUGCUGGCGUUUCACGCAGAAUUCGAGCGAGAUGAGAAAAUGAAUUCAAAAAAUGAUCCAGAGUUGUAUGAUACUUUCUUGCAUACUCGACCUGAUAUCAUGGAACUUGAUGCCGUAAAAUUAAUUUGUGAUUGGUGCAUGAAAUAUAACUUUCGAUGCCACAUAGUGCAUUUAUCAAGCGCGGAAUGUUUGACAUUGAUAAAGGAUACCAAAACUCGUGGUGCACCUUUAACCGUGGAAACGUGCUAUCACUAUCUGGUAUUAGCCGCGGAAGAGAUUCCAGCAGGUUUAACUGAAUUUAAAUGUUGCCCGCCGAUCAGGAAAAAUAGUAAUCGAGAACAAUUGUGGCAUGGUGUUAAAAACGGGACGUUAGAUAUGAUUGUUUCGGAUCAUUCUCCCUGUGUGCCAGAAUUAAAAACUUCCGGAAAUUUUUUGACUGCUUGGGGUGGAAUCUCUUCGUUGCAAUUCGGGUUAUCAUUAAUAUGGACAGCCGCGAGAAUGAGAGGCAUAUCAUUUUUUAAUGUUUCGAAGCUGUUAAGUAGUCAACCUGCAAAAUUGUGCGGUCUCGAAAACCGUAAAGGUGAUUUAUCAGUUGGAAAGGAUGCGGAUUUUGUUAUUUGGGAUCCAGAGGAAUCUAUUAAGAUCGAGGCAAACGACAUUUAUCACAAGAACAAACUGACACCGUAUCAAGGAAAGAUUCUAUUUGGAAAAGUAAUCGCAACUGUCCUUAGGGGACGAUUUGUUUUUAAGGAGGGAAAGAUUUGUGAUAAACCUUUAGGGAAAUUACUGUUAAGUGCAAAUAUUUUGCAAACGAUAGAAACUCAGUAA